AAUCUCAGCUGAUUGCACAAACAAAAAUAAACCAACAGCAAACAACUCUUUCGUCUACCGCUCUAAAAGUUUGUGCUAUUUAAUCCAGAAAAUAGUGACUAUUCUUACCAUGACCAGUGGUAAACCUUCCAAGCCGAACGUUAGUCACCCUCAUAGCGAAAACGGCCACCGGCAGCUGUUCAACGAAACGGAGAAGAACGAACAGUACCGGCGUGGGGUCAAAAUGCUGCAGGAAAGGUGCAAAGCAAUCCAGAAGAACAACGAACGGAUUGUGCAUCGAUUGCAUGCUGUCAAAAAAAUGACUCGAAAACGGAAUCGUGAGGUGGAAAUCCUUAAGAAUCGGCUGGACAGAUACAGUGACGGAUGGAGAACAGCUCCCCAACCGGUGGCGGUCAAAUUGGAGGAGAGCAAGGCUUCUGAGUAGAACAGUAGGUAAGUAAGGCUUUGAAUUAUUGUUUAAAUAUUUGCUUAAGUGAAUGAGUAGAAAAAAUAUAAGUAUUACAGAGA